AUGGUGUUAGUACUUGCAUUGGGCGAUUUACACAUACCACAUAGGGCGCCGGAUUUGCCUGCAAAGUUCAAAUCCAUGCUUGUUCCAGGAAAGAUCCAGCACAUCAUUUGCCCUGGGAACUUAUGUACCAAAGAGGUCUAUGACUACUUGAGAACUGUUUGUCCGGACUUGCACAUCACUCGAGGUGAGUAUGACGAGGAUACUCGUUAUCCUGAGAUGAAAACAUUAACAAUUGGCCAGUUUAAGCUUGGUGUCUGCCAUGGUCAUCAGGUUAUCCCAUGGGGAGACUUGGAGUCGUUGGCUAUGGUCCAGAGGCAGCUGGAUGUGGACAUUCUUGUAACAGGCCACACCCACCAGUUCACGGCCUACAAACACGAGGCCGGGGUUGUGAUAAACCCGGGGUCCGCCACUGGGGCUUUCAGCAGCAUCACGUAUGACGUGAACCCCAGCUUUGUCCUCAUGGACAUCGACGGCCUCCGAGUCGUGGUGUACGUUUACGAGCUCAUAGAUGGCGAGGUCAAGGUCGAUAAGAUUGAUUUCAAGAAGACCACAACUUCCACAAACUUGACCCACUAA